AUGGCUUCCCCGAGACCAGCAGCAGCAGCAAAGGAACUCUCCUCGAAGAAACGGCACAAGCGACUAGCCUACGGCCAGAACUACAUCCCAGAGGAAGAGACCAUCCGGAAUGACUACUCUCUCCACUACGUCCUCACCGGCUCCCGCCCACAGAACCACAUCCAGAACACCGCGCUCGAGACCCGGUUUGCAGAGUACCCCAAGCUCAAGAAGCUGCUCCAGCUCAAGCGAUCAGUCGUCACCAGCCAUGCCCAUCCGCCAACCUACAUCCAAGCAGACCUGCGUCCCGGCCGGACAGACUCCUUCAACCUGCUCGAGCUCAGCCCGGCCCGCUUCGACGUCAUCCUGCUCGACCCGCCCCUCAAGGAGUACGUCGAGACCUAUCCGAGUCUGGCCAGCGAUCCCUCGAUCACCCGAUGUGGCGGGCCCUCCGGCCAGGAGCGGGACUACUGGGACUGGGACGAGCUCGAGAGUCUCCCGCUCCCCCAGAUCGCCGCCAGCCCCGGCUUCGUCUUCCUCUGGUGCGGCUCCGGCCAGGGCUCGACCCUCGAACGCGGCCGGGCUCUCCUCGCCAAGUGGGGAUACAGGAAAUGCGAAGACCUCGUCUGGGUCAAAACUAACCCCUCCUCCCACAUCCCCCACCCUCAACAACAACCCGCUGCCAUCCCCGCCGUCUUCACCCCCACCAAGGAACACUGUCUCAUGGGUAUCCGGGGCACCGUCCGGCGCUCGACCGAUGGCCACUUCGUACAUUGUAACGUCGACACUGACGUCAUCGUCUCGGAACCCGAUCCAACCGAUGUGCUUCACAAACCAGAAGAGCUCUACCAACUCAUCGAAAACUUCUGUCUCGGUCGCCGCCGGCUAGAGCUCUUUGGUUCGUCUCGAUGUCUCCGCCCAGGCUGGCUGACAAUCGGCUCCCACUGUGCUCCGUCGACAACACCCAAGACUGACGAGCAGCCCGUCGACCCUCAGCUUCGACCGGUUGCCUACUCACAAGCUGAAUAUCUAUCCAACUUUCUUGACUCUGCUGGCCGGACUCACAACCUCUUACCCCCACAUGCCGAUAUCGACAACCUCCGACCACGCUCCCCACCCAGUCGAAUCACCACUGCGGCGAUCACUGGCCCAGGUCUAGCGCCGGGAAUAGCCUAUGCGCUUCCGGGCGGGCUGCCGAUCGUCGGGCCCGGCGGGACGAUAGUGGCGACGACGAUCAGCGGGCGGAACACGCUCUCGCAUCCGUCGGGAGGGCUCGGGCGAGGCCCGGGCAAUGCGCUCCUGCCCGGGAUGCGUGUCUCUGGGCUGCGCGACUCCAACAACCAGAGCCACCCAAGGCCGGCCAACGGCCCACAUCAACAGCCCUUCACCCAGCACUUCUUCCACCACAACCUCGCCUACCCCUCCUUCGUACAGACCCACCAAUACCCCAACGCCCAGCCCUGGACCGGCCAUCCCCAAUACAUCUACCCCCACCAUCAUGCCUUCCAGGCCGCCCCCAUCGCUUACGGCAUCCCCCCAAACCAGCCCAUCUACUACCCUCCCCCGCAACAAGCCUUCAACCAGCAAUUCACUAACCACCAUCAUAAUCAUCGUCAACAACAAGAACAACAACAGCAACAGCAACAGCAACAGCAACAGCAACAUCAACAUCAACAAACCCCCGGCCGCCAAUAUCCUGCUUACAAUAACCAUGCGAGCUCUCCCGUUGACCCUGCCUCAGCCGCGACCAACUGGACGUUCUCGAACCCUCCCCUCCACCAACAACAGCAGCACUACCAUCAUCACCAGCAGCCACAACAACAAAACUCGCAGACGUUUUAUCCAUCCUAUCCCUCCCAUCCUCCGAACCUAUCAACUAAUUACUCCUCUCAUGACCUCGUUGCUCAUACAAAUCAACACCAGGACCACCAGCAUCAACAACAACAUGAAUCUUGA